CGUCUGUCCUGGGUCCUUAAAGGGGCCGUGCCCCAGGGACCGCAGAGUGAAGCUGGUGGAGGGUGCCUGAUCUAACCGCUGCCAGGGGCAGGCGGUACGGCGCACCAUGUACACCAUCACCAAGGGGCCCAGCAAGCUGGUUGCGCAGCGCCGCACAGGUCCCACACAGCAGCAGGUAGAGAGCAGACUCAGCGAACUCCUGAAAUGCCGGCAGCCCGCGCCGCCGACCGCGCUUCCCGCGCGCGAGCAGUCCUCGGCACAGUAUCAGGGACCCUGGCCACUGGCAAGUGCCCCUCUCACCUGAGGAGGAACCCAGAGCGGCGUGGGCCACCUGAGCCCAGGAAGGCGAGCAGGCCUACCGGGACCGCGAGUGCCUGGCGGAGUGGCAGUCCAGGGCCGAGGCUUGUGUUCAAUCGAGUGAAUGGCAGGCGGCCCCUCACCACACCCACAUCCCUCGAGGGAACCCAAGAGACCUACACACUGGCCCACGAGGAGAACGUCCGAUUUGUGUCCGAAGCCUGGCAGCAGGUAGAGCGACAACUGGGUGGCGGCCCUGCCGAUGAGAGUGGCCCACGGCCUGUGCAGUAUGUGGAGAGCACUCCUGAUCCUCGGCUGCAGAGAAGGAAUGCUGCCAUAGUGGACCCUUUGCCCGAAGAGGACCAUGGUGCGCCGGUCCACCUUGGGCCUGGCUGGGUGCCGGUCACACCUGAAGUGCCAACAUUUGGACUUUGCACCUACCUGUUCCCUUGGCUUGGCUGUCCCAAGCUGCCAAAGCCAGAGGCCAAACCUGUCUAACCUCAACAAUCCUGCUCACUGUGCCCAGGGGCCAGCCUCAGGGACCAGCUCCUGGGGCUGGCAGAGAGGAGCCCAGGCUAAUAAAGUUGAGAAACUGC